CUUACUGGUAUUAUCAAGCUACAUUUUCUAAUUAUCCAAAAAGAAUAUGAAAUAUGAUAGGUUCUCUUACCCCAUUGUUACAAAUUAGGAAACAGGCUUAGGAAAGUUACUCAUCCAGUUGGAUGGUGCCAAGAUCAGUGAGUUCUGUAAUUUCAAGGGCAAAGGAGUUCUAGAACACCUCAUGAUCAUCAAUUUGGGACUAGGUGACUGGAUUGGUCUCUGAAGCACUUAGCAGUGGACCAAGGGUUUUAAUUUUCAGUGGUUUGAGUGGGGGCCUGAAUAAGAUAUUGAUAGUGAAGUGUACCAUCUAUGCUAUCCAAUGCUUGGUUUUAGAAUGAAAUCCUUGAUUUGAGUUAAUGGUGGAUUUGAAAGACUCAGAGCAGCAUCUCAGACAUGUUGAAAAAGAUGUUCUGAUUCCUAAAAUAAUGAGAGAAAAGGCCAAAGAGAGAUGUUCUGGACAAGUUGAAGAUUUUACGAAAUGUUGCAAGGAUACUGGAAUUCUUAUGGUAGUCAAAUGUCAAAAAGAAAACUCUGCAUUGAAAGAAUGUCUCACUACUUACUAUAAUGAUCCUGCCUUUUAUGAAGAAUGCAAAAUGGAGUAUCUGAAGGAAAGGGAAAAAUACAGAAACACUGGCAUUCCUACCAAGAAAAGGCUGCAGAAGCUUCCCACAAGCAUGUAGGCCAAAUGUUCAAUGAAUCAGCAACUCUCAUAUUUACAGAGAUCAUUUAUAAGUCAUGUGAAAUAAUGAAUUUCAGAAUUUGCUUUGUUCCAAUUAUGGAAAUAAUUUUAUAUGAAAUAAAGACCUUUAUUUCAGA